GAGUUGGGAAUUGGAAUGCAGAACGACGUCGUUGGAAUCAUCUUCGUUGAGAAAGAAGCGCAGUGAAAGCAGAGAAGCUCGAAAAGCCGAUAGAGCAGACGAAGCCAAAAGAAAAUUCAAAACGUCUUCGGAAUUCGAUCUUCUCCGCCGGCGAUCCGCCAUUUUAUAGUUGUAAAGCUCAGAGAGAAGAGAAUGAAAUUAGCUCCAAAAGUUAUAUUUCUCGUCAGAGAUUCUCAGGGUUUCGCCUCAGCCAUUUCCGGAGCUCUUCGCCCCAACCCUCCUUUCACUGUUACCACGCUGGAUGAAUGCUUUGAGUUCUCCCUGGAGGAUUAUGCAAUCAAAGACCAGAAGGCCUCCGGGACCAUCGUUCACUAUCUUGAUGAUAAGGGAAUCUAUCAGGUUUCAGUAUUAAUCUUACAAAGUUACGAUCCUCCAGUCUUGGCAUGUGCUCUAGAUGUAGUUCUUUCACACAUAGCAGGAGAACGUUUACCCCCUUCUUCUGAAGCAAAACCCACUCUUGUAGUCCCAUCUGUUAUUACAUCCUCGAAGCUCAAGUGGGAGAGCAACACUCUCACUAAAAAUGAUCGGACUGUUCUAUACGGUACCGAAGUAGGUCCAGAAACAGAUAUUUCUCGAACGAUGGGUGCCAAAGUCAAGAAACUGCCAUCAAGUUCACAGAUCUUUUACGAACAACUGGCCUGUUUAUAUCAUUUGAUUCACAUCUUGAACAUUUCUGCUUUUUUCGUUGUUGGACGAACGGGUCAUAGUCUUUCCAAUCAAGCUGCAGGAGAAGAGAUUCAGAUAUUUAAUGAAAUGGGUGAGCUUUUAUCAAACUCCUUGCCCCUCAGCUUUUCAAGAGAAGGAAUUGUUUGGAAUCCAAAAGAAACAUCAAAAGAUGUAAAGGAGCCAUGGCGUGCGUUAUAUGGCUGAUGGUUUGGUAUUUUGCUACCUUUUAUUUUAGCCUAUCACUUGGUUCAUCUGGUAAACUAGGGAUAUUUUGCAAUCCCAUUUGUCAUUUACUUACUUACAAACAAAUACAAUUAUUAAAGUCCCAUUUAAUAA